CAGCUUUGCGCACGCGCGAGCAGAAACUCGACCCUCAAACCCGGAUGUAACCAACGCCUAACCUGUCUAAGGAAAAACGAUGCAGACUAUAAAAUGUGUGGUGGUCGGCGAUGGUGCUGUAGGGAAGACCUGCUUACUGAUCUCCUACACGACCAACAAAUUCCCCUCGGAAUACGUGCCCACGGUUUUUGACAACUAUGCUGUGACGGUGAUGAUCGGAGGAGAGCCGUACACGCUUGGCCUUUUUGACACAGCAGGUCAGGAGGACUACGACCGGCUGCGUCCCCUCAGCUACCCUCAGACCGACGUAUUCCUCGUGUGUUUCUCCGUCGUCUCACCGUCAUCCUUUGAGAAUGUCAAAGAGAAGUGGGUUCCUGAAAUCUCUCACCACUGCCCACACGCACCCUUCUUGCUCGUGGGAACUCAGGUGGACCUGCGGGAAGACAGCAAUACCGUGGAGAAGCUGGCCAAGAACAAGCAGCGCCCCCUAUAUCAGGAGAGCGGUGAGAAGCUGGCCCGCGAGCUCCGAGCCGUCAAAUAUGUGGAGUGCUCUGCUCUCACACAGCGCGGCCUGAAGAACGUGUUCGACGAGGCGAUUCUCGCGGCGCUGGAACCUCCCGAGACCAAACCCAAGAGAAAGUGCAUGCUGCUAUAAGCACCGGACGGUGACGGAAAUGUGAUCGGGAAAGUCAGUCUCAUGGGGCCAGUUUAGAAUAGAACCAAAAAAAUCCAGACCAAACAGAAAGGGGAAGGGCGAACGGGAGCGCCACGGAGACUGAUUCAGUAGCACGCGUGCAGUGAUUGUGCCUUCACGAGGGAAGCUGAGGGAACAAAGUUGAGCAUUCACCUCGCGGCUCAUCUCGGAAAGCUUUUGCAGUGUUUUUGGUGGGGCAGGCCCCCCCGCCCCCGACAUCCACCCCUCCCCUCCCAACCAGUUUCUUCCCCACACAUGUUCCAGUGAAGCUUUAGAAAGAGAUCAGGGCUCCUCCUCACGACGUGGUACUCGACCUGCUUCUGUCUGACCUCUGAUUUGGGCAAUGGAAGCAGGUGAGAUUGAUCAACACUCCAAAUUCAAAGUAGCUUUCUUCACUGGCUGCUCCGCCAUCGCCAAGUUUCGGGGAGGCCAAGUGUUUUGACCCUUUUCCCUUCUGCGGGUGACUUCGACUUUAUUCCUCCUCGUGUAUAUUUUAUUGAUCUGUGACUUUUGUUUUGGGGACUUUGUUUUCGAUUUUAGCAGUUAUUUACUUUGAAACUUGAGUCUUAUUUCUGUUUUUUUUUUCUCCAGAUUUUAAAAUUUUUAUUUUUAUUGAUAGAAAAACGACUCUUGAGUGAUCAUUGUAACAAAUUGAGAUGUAAUAUUUUCCAUAGAUUAAGAUGAUAACCUUUGCUAGUAAAAUUGUGGGAGUUUGUAAUCACUGAAUAUUUGUAAUAAAAUGGUUUAACUGAC